AUGGACACCCUUCUGGAAGCAGGGAACCGUAGAAGGCAUAGUAAAAUAUCUCUCAUGGCUGCUAGGUCUCGAAGCAUGCCACCGGGCCAUCUGAGACAACCAGUACCAGGCGUACUGUCACCGUCUUAUGGCAAUAGACUCGACGAGUUUCUAGAAGUUAAGCCCGAUUGUCAAAUCACCGAGAAGGAUGUUAUUUCGAAGCAACUGGUCCCAUCACGGCGAGUCUCUAGAUCUGGUAAGUCCAAUCGUUAUCGAAAAAAGCCCGCUUUGGUUGUGCUUCUUCACACUAAUGGUAGCCAAAGCCGCUACGGUCUUGUCAACGGAAGCGAGCCUGUGGAGAUGUCUAACCAAGUGUCUAGUCUCAAUAAGCCAUUGCCGCAUCCGCCCGUUGGCGAUUCAAGACUAGCUUGGCCUACAUCCGUACCAGAAGCCCAGUUUUCAAUUGAUCAGCAAGCUGAGCUGGACCUAGAAGCUCAUCGUGAAAGAGUAGAGAAGCACCGGUUCUGGACUCUUGCUAUAUUCACCAUAGUCACAGCUUUGGGUACUGUCGUUCUUGUUCUCCUCGAAUUGUUCGGCUUAAGCAUAGAUGAUCGAGAAGUGGAAAUUAGUUCUUGA